AUGACGUUGUCUAUUCGGAAUUUGGAUCCGGCCGUAGCAAUGCAUCACCUCACCACAGCACUGCGGCCCGGGCCCUUUGUCAAUAGCUUGUGCAAAAAGCUCCCCCAUGACUUGGACGACCUACGGCAAAGGGCCACCAAAUAUAUGCAGAUGGAGGAACUGGCCGAGUUCCGCAACCAGAACCGAUCUGACCUGUUUCUCGGCAAAAGAGAGAAUGACAAGGAGCCUCCUAAGUCUCGUCCCCGGGAAGUCAAUGAUCGUGAGAAGAAUAACAACAGAGGUCCGAGGUAUGUGCAGUAUACGCCGCUCAACGCAAGCAGGGCCAAAGUGUUGGAGCAAGCUCUAGCCAAAGAAGUUCUGGCCGUUCCUCGAAGAGCUUUGACCCCACCUCACGCCGACAAGACAAAAGCAUGUCAAUUCCAUCGGAAUAGAGGACAUACCACCGAGGAGUGCUCCGCCCUUCGAGACCGUAUCGAAGAUCUCGUUAAGGCCGGUCACCUCCAAAACUUCAUUCGGAUAACGGAUAACAGAAGAAACGACUACCACCACGAAAGAGGGGAACCUAGGGGAGACAACCGAGGUCGAGCACCCCCCCGGAACCGAUCUCGCGAGCGUAGCAGAUCUCAAGAAGGAAACGACCAACGAAACCGCAAUCAGCCCAGACGAGUCAUAAACACCAUUGCUGGAGGUUUCGCAGGGGGGAGCUCAUCUUCAGCCCGGAAGAGACACCUGAGGGCCGUCAAGUCGGUAAACGCUAUAGGACGAACGCUUCCCGUUCGUAUGCCCCCUAUAACGUUCACUGACCGAGACUUCCACGGCAUUGAUCCGGUGCAAGACGACCCAAUGGUCAUCACCGUAGAAAUCAACAAUUGCCUCGUAAAAAAGACUCUGGUAGACCAGGGAAGUUCGGCCGAUAUAUUAUACUGGAAGACGUUUGAACAAUUGGGGAUUCCAGAACAAGAGCUCACGCCUUAUAACGAGCCUUUGGUAGGGUUUUCGGGCGAGAGGGUGGACACUCGGGGAACCAUAGACCUAUACACCUACUUCGGAGAAGACCAGCGUAGGCGGAUCAAGGUGCGUUACGUGGUGGUGCAGGCCAACACAUCGUACAACAUUCUUUUGGGCAGACCCUCUCUGAACAAACUCCGAGCCAUCGUGUCCACCCCUCACUUAACCAUGAAAUUCCCGUCGGAGGAAGGGACCGUCAUUGCUACUAACGAUGAUUGUGAAAGUUAA